AUGGCGAGAUGGUUCAAGUGGUUAGGGCGCGGAUUUACUGACCGGAAGGUCCUUGGUUCGAAUCCGACCUCUGCCUCUCGGUUUUUCCUGUCCAUGCUUGAGCAACCUGGCAGUAUCCCACCCCUCGUGUUCCCUUCAGGUGGCGUGGCAAUUAGGCACGUUGAAGCCACUCUAGGGACACGGGCCAAACGAAGGCAUGCCCUGAUUGGUCGGAAUGCCAGCCAAUCCGGAUCAACCAUCUCUGACUCGACGCUUCUCGCCCCCUCACGGAGAUUCCGGCCGGACCUAACGGAACACUCGGUAACUACCUCAUAA